UUGUCUUGAAUUGAAUUCAUUCAAUUCAAUUCAAUUCAAUUCAAUUCAAUUCAUUAGUCCCUCUCCUCUUUUCUUCUCGUGCCUCCUAGGGACAAAAGGAAUAUAUAUGUAUUUCUACAUACAUUUUCAUUAAAUGGAUAAGAAUCACACUUGAUUCACUCCACUUCUUCAGGGCUUCUUAUAUAUAAGUCUCCUUUCUUUUGGAUAAUAUUAUUUGAAUAACUAAUUAUCCCCUAAACUCUCUCUUUCUUUAUUUUACUCUUCAUUAUAUCUUCUCUCAUCAGUCAACAAGAAGUAGAAACAUCAAGUAAAAGGAAUUUUUUACUCCAAGGUGCUUAGUGUUGUAUCUGAGGGUUCAACUGAACUUAUUGCUUUCCGCUCGAACUAUUGCACGUACGACGAUAUAGUAAUAUUUAUGGACUACUUGAGAGAAAUAGAAGGUAAAAGAGCUCAUGAUCAUUGUUAUUUUCAUGAGAAAAACAUAGAGAGAUGUGUAUAUGUUCCGGGGCCGGUGAUAGUGGGAGGAGGACCAUCAGGUUUAGCAGUAGCAGCUUGUUUGAAAUCAAAAGGAGUUCCGAGUGUUGUUCUAGAAAGAUCUAACUGUAUAGCAUCAUUAUGGCAACUCAAAACUUAUGAUCGUCUCCGCCUUCAUUUGCCAAAGCAAUUUUGUGAACUUCCCCUUAUGUCAUUUCCUAAUGAUUUUCCAACGUACCCCACAAAGCAACAGUUUAUUAACUACUUGGAGAAUUAUGCCAAGACGUUUGAUAUUAACCCCGUUUCUAAUCAAACGGUGAUUAGUGCUGAGUAUGAUCGGAAUCUCGGGUUUUGGCGGGUGAAGACGGCGUCAACGGAGUAUGUAUGCCGGUGGUUGGUGGCCGCAACAGGAGAGAAUGCGGAGGCGGUAGUGCCGGGGAUUGAAGGGAUGGACGAGUUCGGUGGAAGUAUAAUGCAUACGUGUUUGUAUAAAAGUGGUGAAAUAUUUCGAGGGAAAAAAGUGUUGGUAGUUGGGUGUGGGAAUUCAGGAAUGGAAGUGUGUUUGGAUCUAUGUAAUCAUAAUGCUACUCCUUCUAUUGUGGCUAGACAUGCUGUGCACGUCCUACCACAAGAGAUGCUGGGAAAAUCAACUUUUGGGAUGUCCAUGUGGUUACUAAAGUGGUUGCCCAUGAGGCUUGUCGAUGGAUUUCUGCUAAUGGUUUCCAGGCUAAUGCUCGGGGAUACGUCGCGGCUCGGCCUUGACCGGCCGCAGACGGGGCCUCUGGAGCUCAAAAACUUGUCCGGAAAGACACCGGUGCUCGACGUCGGCACACUUGCUAAGAUUAAAAGUGGAAACAUUAAGGUAUGUCCUGGAAUUAGGAGAUUAAAUCAUCACUCGGUAGAAUUUAUGAAUGGGAAAGCAGAAAAUUUUGAUGCAAUAAUCUUAGCCACUGGUUACAAAAGCAAUGUGCCCUCUUGGCUAAAGGAAAGAGAGAUGUUUUCAGAGGAAGAUGGGCUUCCAAAAAGACCAUUUCCAAAUGGUUGGAAAGGGGAGAGUGGGCUCUAUGCAGUGGGGUACACAAAACGUGGAUUACUUGGUGCAUCAAUGGAUGCCAAGAAAAUUGCAGAUGAUAUUCACAGUUAUUGGCUCUCUGAAUCUAAACAUGUUACAGCCUUUGCUCCAUCUCUAUUAUCACUAUCAUAGUUAAUUACUAGCUAUAGCUGAUUGGUUCGAUCUUUCUAUUCCUUGGGAAAAAAGAAGAAAAUUGUUUUGUUUUUUUGGCUACUAGCUAGCACAAAAGGAAACAUAGGUUUAACUUUGAGAUUUAGUUGGUCAAAUUUUUUUUGGUGAAAACAUUGACACACAAAAAAGGAUGUAUAUAUUCUGUUAGGCUGACAAGCUUACAAAGAAGAUGUUUAAAUACGGAGACAAUAUUCUGGAUGACCUUUGACUGUGACAUAUAUUAUGGAAACUAUUGGAAUUCUGUGGGGAUUCGCCGUCAUCAUCAUCAACCACCAUCAUCUAGUGCAUACAUUUUUGUAAUUUUCCCAGAGUUAGGAUUUUUUAGUGUUCUACUAAUACCACAUGGGCUUUGGGUUGAUGACAAUAUUAUGACAAGAACAAUUUUUCUUUA